GGGAAAAGGAAUCCCCGCACGAGCUUCUCAUUUCGCCUAUCUUCCUUUUUCUUCUCUCUAUCUUUUUCCUCGUCUCCUCUUCAUCUGGAUGAAAUGGAAUACUAAAACAACUUGGAUGCUUCUCUUCCAGGACUAGUCUUUUGUCCAGAUGACAGUCAUCUCCUCAUAUAUACUCCCCUCACAGCCACAACCCAAAUCCCUUCCCAAACGCCAACCUUUGUGAUUCCUACCCAGCACUGCUGAAUUCACACUGAUCUGUCCCUACAAAGACCUUCAUUUCAAUCCAAGCAGAGAACUCAACCAGUUGCCCUUCUCUUUGAUCUUAGAGUAGCCCUCCUUCGUAAAACCUAGGAGCACUCCAAAAUCUCUCAACACCUCUUUGUUCUUCGCUUUCUUUAGAUAUGUAUAUAUAUAUGUAUAGAUCAACUAGGUAGAGAUCAAAUACAACACAAGCUCCAAACCCUCACCGUCCUCUUUCCCUCUCUUGGGAAAACCAGAUCCGCCCUAGCUCUUCUAUUAAGCAAGAAAAGAGAUCGAGUCUUUUCCUGCUCUCCUCCCUCGCUUUCCCCUUAUCCGAACAACAGCUAGAGCGGCUUCGAUGUUCGAUUGUUCCAGUUGCAUGUAGGCAGAAAGGAGGAGAGGAAUGGAAAUGCCAGCUGAAGGAGUCUUCAUGGAAGCUGCGUCGGCGCCAUCGCCGGACCUCUCCUUGCACAUCAGCCUCCCAAACACUGCGCCCUCCGUCUCUGGCGGCGGGAUAGCCAUUGACCAGGGCAACAGCACCAUCGAGCUUCGCCAGGCCGGUGGCGGCGGCAACAACGCCUACACGGAGCUCUCCCUCUCGUACCCUUGGGCAGCACCGCAGGCGGAGAGCUCGUGGCAGCAAAGGAUGUUAUCAGUGCGACAGUCGCCGCCGUUCGACCACUGCUGCCGCAACCGCUCCACGCUCGAUGGCUUGAUGGAGGGGUCGAGGCCAAUCAAAGGCAUCCCUGUCUACAACAACAGUGCCUUCCCUUUCCUCCCUUUAGAUCCCAAGUAUGGGUUACCCAACCGGGUCUCAUCGUAUUGUCCUCAGUGGUCCUCCUCCCCAUACUUGCCGUCUUCCUUGUCUCCUCCAUCGUCCUCCUCGUCGAGCUUCUCUUCCAAUUUAGACAUGAUGCCAUCGUCCUUGCUUAACCCGGUCGGUGGCGUCUCAGCAUACACCCGAAUGGUCACGCCACCGACAAGGUUCAAUGGGUUCUCACCAGAUCUGUUGAUCAAGAACCAUUACCAACACCACCAGCUCUUCCAACAUCCGCACCACCAGCACCACUAUGGCACCAGACCCUUCGAUUCCUCGCACAACUUGAUGCGGUCGAGGUUUCUGCCAAAGCUCCCCGGGAAGCGGAGCAUGCGCGCGCCCCGAAUGCGGUGGACCAGUACCCUCCAUGCGCGCUUUGUCCAUGCCGUGGAGCUCCUCGGCGGCCAUGAAAGGGCUACACCAAAGUCAGUACUUGAGCUCAUGGAUGUCAAAGACCUCACUUUGGCUCAUGUCAAGAGCCAUUUGCAGAUGUAUAGAACACUGAAGACCACUGACAAGCCUGCGGCUUCCUCAGGUCAAUCGGAUGGCUCGGGUGAGGAGGAUUCAGCUCCAAGUAAUGACGAUCUUAACUUCGGACGGCUGGGGGAGCAGAGAGUAUCAUCAGCAGAUGGACUCAAACCAAGUCAUGGUUUGGACUCCCUUUCAAGCAUUACCAACACUGCUGCCAGGUGGAGUAACCCAUCAAGCUUCAGCAGAGAUGCAUGGGCACAACCAAGUGCUGGUGACAUAGAUGAACUCAGGCCAUCAGAAUUCUCCUCUGAUACUGAGGAACUCAAAAACCCUAGCUUGGAGUUCACCUUAGGAAGACCGGACUGGCAAGGGAGGAAGCAUCUUUGACACACUGAGCAUACGCACCAUUGUGAGCAGUAUUUGAGGAGGAAGAGAAAGAGAGCAAGGCGACAUCUAUCAAGUGUGAAGAUACAAUGAAACAGUACUAAGCAGCCUUCUCUUUUUGCUGUCUCUUCUGUUGUGGCUGAGAUGAGUAAAGCUGGAGUUGGUCAUGGUAGGAUUCUAACAUUUACACAUGGAAAGUGGGAAAGAAGGAUAAAAGCAAAGCUGUUGUGGUGAAGCAACGAGCAGCACUGUCAUCCUCUUCUUUCCAUUUGAUGCCUCAAACAUGUUACUGUAGCCUGCAGCAACUUCUUACAGGUGUUGCCAUGGUUGAACGUAUGAAAUCUUUGACCAAAACCAUUUUUCUAGUGCUUCAAGCAAACCCGCUUGAGAUGAUCAUGUGGAUCAAAAUCAUGCUUUAUUUAUAUUAAAUAGUGAUGAAAAGUACAUUAUCAUUUAA